AUGUAUGAUUUUUCUGAGGAGGCUCAAACUGAUAAAUAGAACGUUUAAUAGGAUGGGUUUUAAGGGGAUUAGAUUGCUGCCUCUGAAGCUUUUUCAUAUGAGACAUCAACUCAACCAAUUACACUAAAUAUAUACGUGAGCCCAGAAUAAUAAUAACGAAAGGAUAAAUUAAGAAUUCUUGAAGAUGAAAGAAUUGCUCAAAUUCGAGAGAAGGAUUAAUAGGAGAGAUUAUUGAAAUAAUAAAAGAAAUAGAAAGGCCUGGAAUUUUUUUAGGAGUUCAAAAAACAAUAAGAAAUGGAAAUAACAUAAAGAAGAAGUCAAAAUAAGUAGUAAUAAGAGAUCUGGAAUGAAAAUCAAAAAAAUCGUAAUCAAUACAAAAACUCUUGGGAUUAAAUAGCAUCAAAUAUCGCUUUAAAAGACGGGGAAUAUCCUGGAGAAAAAGAUGUAACAAAGAUGAGAUAAGCAAUCCUUAAUAAAAGAAUCGAUCUGACUAAGUGAUGUCCAUUAAUUAUAAUAUCAGCAUUCAAUUCAUAGUAAUA